AUGUCAUCAGAGUCCGUUUCGAUAAGCACUUUGAUACAGAAGAAUGCUCAAUAAAAUACACAAUACAAUUGGGUAGGAGUAUUGGAAUUUUUACAUGAAUAGCAUAAACAAGUUUAAUACAAGGAUUGUGAAUGGGCCUUGGAGAAAUCACAAAUGCAGUAGAAAAUUAAUGAGUUGGAAGGAGUAGUCAAAGCACAAGAGAGAGUAAUAACUGAUUUGGGCAAAAGAUGUAAAAUGCUGGAAGUAGCAUUGCGAUAAGAAAGAUUGAAAUACCAAUAGAACGGAUAAGUGCCUGAUUAUUUGAAUCAAUUACUCAAGGAGAACAUAGAGAAUCAGAGUUAAAUACAAAAUUACUAAACCAUUCCAAAGAGAAAGGCCAAACCUUAUCGACCCUUAUUACAAAAAAUAAUCUAAGAAGUAGGGUUGUAAUCAAUAUUCUCCCCUCCAAGUUCUCCUAAAAUAGAACACUCAAACAGACCAUCAGUGAUGUUAACACCUAAUUAGAAUGUGACAUCUAUUGUCUAAAAUUCAGGUCGACAGAGUCCCACUAACAUGAAUAGUACCAGCGGAUUUCCAACCCAUAGCAGAAGCAAAUCAUAAAAUAUUAAUGAAGAGCAACCAUAGAUAGUUUCAAAAGAUCCUGUUUAAUUAUAGAAUACAUUGAGACAUCAUCUAGAUGGUGUACGUGAUGCUUACUUCUUCAACAAUAUGACUAUUUUAGCAACAGUCUCAGAAGAUUGUCAAUUGAAAUUGUGGGACUAUCAAAAUUACUAAUAACAGUAGAAUUAGAUUGAACCAUAUUUGACAUUGAGAGAUCAUACAGGACCUUUGUUUGCAAUUGCAGGAAUUGAAUAAAGACAGAAAGGAAUCUAGAAUGCUAUUUUUAGUGCAGGAGCUGAAGGAGCAAUUAAGAUGUGGUAUUUCCCAUUGCCAGAUGAAUGUGAUUAAUUAGGAUAAACAGAAGAAUUCUAAUAAUGCAGAAUGACUUGGCAAGCUCAUCAAGAUGCAAUUUGGUAAUUAAAGGUGAAUUCCCAAUAAAACUUAUUGUUGUCUUCUGCUGCCGAUUCUCUAAUCAAAUUAUGGCCAAUUUAAGAUUCCCAAAGUGAACCUAAAUAACUCUACUAAUUCGGAUAGAAAAAUCAAUAUGGUCAUUUUGUUGAUUCACCUACAGCCAUAGCCUGGUUGUAACAUAACCCAAAUCUCUUUGCAUCCGGAUUCAUGAAUUCUGCUAUUCUGUCCAUUUUUGAUACAGAAAAUGGGAGAAAUGUUCAAAAUAUUAAAUACUUAUAAGAAAACAAUGCAUCAGCAUAAAUUAAUUAGUUGACACAAUUUCAACAAUCCUGUUUGAUCUCAUCACAUGAUGAUGGAAAAUUAAGAAUUUUUGAUCUUCAAUAAUCAAAAUUAAUCUCACAAAUCAUUUGUGGAAAUGAACCAAUUACUUCAGCUAUUACUAAUCUUAGCAACACAAACAUCUAUAUUGCAACUGGCAAUGUUAUUAAAGUUUGGGAUACAAGAAGAUAAUAAUUCAUAUAGGAACUUCAAGGACAUCAAUCUAAAUAUGAUGAGAACAUUCACAAUCUGGUUCAUCAUGGAAGUUAUAAUCUAUUUGCAUCUCUGGGUGCAGAUGGAUAAAUCAAAUUGUUUUCAUCUAAAUGA